UAAGAUGAAAUCGAUAAAAACGAAAACAAAAUCUACAAUCACGUACAGUGCUAUUAAAUUCCUAGCGCAGUGACUCAGCUCAAUUCGAAACAAAUGGAAACUUUAGUGGCCAUUUAAACAGGCGAAAAACAUUUUCUCCUAUGUCAGUUUUGACAGACAAGAGGACGGCGUUGAGUGUUGAAAAAUCGAAUGAAAAAAUGGGCGAUUUAAGAGUCUUCGGCGGGCAUAGUUUUGCCAUGCCCUCCGUUGACGCUCCGAAUGGAGCCGAAGAUCGAAUUGGACCAGGAAAUCACGGUGCAUUGGGCUUAAACGUAGCUUCAUACACACUGCCAUCCGUGAGCUACAACACAAACAAUUCUGGAUCGUCUGGCUUCUGUGACGCAAGCUCUACUGUCGAAUUUAUGACCAGUGCAACAUGUUCGUCCUACAGCAUUUCAAUAUCAUCUAGUCGAAGCAACAGUUUCUCGAAUGACCACGAAGACAACUCCUCACUCUCCUGUUACUCCACAGCCAAUCACCUCCCUCAACAAAUCAGCUGCGCGUCUGAUCACACCAACGCAAACAUAGUGGGAAGUUCAGGCGCGAGGGUUAUUUUAGUACCGGAUGCAGAGACACUUCGUGUGAGUCAUGGUGCCCCAAAGAAAACGACUGGACCAGUCGAUAUGCUAAUCAGCAAAAUUGCCAAAUUUUCUCUGAGUACCUCGCCUCCAGGCGGUCUGGCCAAGAGCCAAAGUUCCAAUGCCCUCUACCCUUCUCAGCAAGAGAACUGCACGACGUGCCAAACUGAAUCUCGGAAAAGUGACACACUGACAUCCUACCCAUCGUCUACCCUCUACACGCAGCAAAGGUCAGGCAGUCCGAACUUGAAGGCGAAACCAGACCUGAACAACCAAGUGGCUCUCCUAACUGCCUCCUCAACUCAAGCUUUAAUACUUGAAAAUCGACCAGAAAAUUUACCUCAAAAAGAUCCAAAGGAAGCUAAGAAACACCUGGAGCAGUACCGGUCACUUCUGGAAGAGCAGAAGAAACGAGAACUGGAUAAACAGAAAAGUUUGCAGAAGAAAUUCCAAAAGCGAUGUAAAUUUGCAGACGAUAUGUCUCAACUGCAGUCUGUGUGGCUCAAUGACGUCAUUCCAAAUUGGAGUGAACUGAGAAGUUCACGACGGGUCAGAGAUAUGUGGUGGUUAGGAGUGCCCCCAAAAGUCAGGGCUAAACUAUGGCCCCUAGCUAUAGGAAACUGUCUUAAUAUAACCCCCGAGCUUUUUGACAGCCUGAGCUCCAAGUCAGUCGAGUUAAUUAACCUGUUUAGUAGUAAUAGUGAUCAACAAUCUAAUUGUAAUGGCUCAUUGACAGAAAGUCAUUUGAGUAAACGAAGAGCUUCUGAAGACGUUAUCGGUUUGAUCAAAUUAGACGUGUCGAGGACGUUUGUCCGUUACAAAAUGUUCCAAGAAGACCCCUUCUAUAGAGAAUCGCUACAGAAGCUUCUGGCUAUUUUCGUGUGCUACAGACAUGACAUUAGCUACAUCCAGGGCAUGAAUAGCAUAGCUGCCGUGCUGCUGCUAAACAUGGACCUCGAACCUGCUUUCAUCUGCUUUGCCAACCUGAUCAACCGCUCAAUCCUCAUGAACUUCUUUGCCCUCCGAUUGGACAAAAUAAACCACUAUUACAGACUGUUUCACUUCUUCUUCGCGGAGAACUUAGCCAAACUUUGCAAUCAUUUCACGAAUAUCGAACUCACCCCUAAGUUCUACCUUAUGCAGUGGAUCCUCUCACUUUUCAGUAAUGUUUUGCCAUUGGACAUAUCUAGUCGUAUUUGGGACGUGUACCUGCUAGACGGUGAUAUUUUCCUAUUUAGAGCAGCCCUUGGUCUCUUGAAGUAUUUCGAAGAGGACUUGAUGAAAAUAUCGGAUUUCACAGAAGUCGCUCAAUUUUUCCACAAGAUGCCAGAUGACAUUGAUGUGGAAAAACUGUUUGCAUUGAUCAGAUCAAUUUCACUGUCAAGAAAUAAGUUCAGAAAAUACUGCGAAAAAUUCAUAGACUCGACGAACGGUUAAAUGUUCUUUCCAAUUAACUCAGGCAUUCAAAUCGCUAAAGUCUACUUGGUGUAAACGAGCAAAAUCUAUUUGUUAUAUAAUAGCCUCUAUGUAUUUGUUGAAGCGAUCAUAUUUUCAAAGCCUCAGAACAUUAUCAUAAAGGAAGUUUUUGAGUGAUUAUUUUUGUACUUAAAUUCAUCGAGUUUCCCCCAAAUUCUAGUUGUAGAUUUACCUGAAGAGAGUUACUAACUACUUAGCUAAUUUCUAUCGCAUCAUGCAGUAUAUACAUAAACGUGCUACUAGUUCUUAAAGCUUCGUAGCUAUAAAUGUCAAAUAAAUUAUUUUUUCAUAUUUGUUUCCUGGCAAUGAGUGAGAGCAAUGCGGAUUAAAUAUCAA